AGUAAGGAGAGCUCACAUAACUUCAAAAUAAUACUUCAGUACAUGACCAUCAUUUUCAGCAGAGUUCAACUUUUUGCCGGCCUUAACCGUUUUAAAGGAUUUUGAAUAUUUCCUAAUCGACAACAAUUGAAGAAUUUGAGUAUAACAACACUUUUUAUUCCGCAAAAUUUUCCCCGCCUCAGCAGCUAUAAAGUGGUAAAACAAGAAUAAGUUGGGCACUUUUACGCUGAAAAAUUUUAGUUUGAUAAGACUUGAUCAGACUUUUGGAAACCCAGGAAUUCAACAUACGUAAAUACUUCACCAUGCAAUCAGCUCAUAAGAAAGAAGAAUGGCGCACAGGAGAUUGGCCUUCUGACCUUCUUCAUCUAUUUGAAUCCUCUGCAAUGUAUGACUGCACUUUCCGCGUGGGAAUCUCAAAAUAAAAAAAUGCAAAAAUUUUCAGGUGCCAUAAAUUUGUCUUAUCUGUUUCAAGCAAAGUUUUUGAAACCAUGUUUCACGGAAACUUUAAAGAGGCAAGAAACAGUCCUGAUGAUGAAAUUCUAAUGGACGAUACAGAUCCACAAGUUUUUGAGGUUGCCAUGAGGUUUAUCUAUGGACGGAAAGCAUAUUUUCAAAACGCUAUAAUUGCUGCUUUGGUGUGUAAAUUUGCACACAAAUGGCAAAUUGACAACCUGAUGAACGCUGCAAACUCGUUUAUUUUGUUGAAAUUGUCGCAUGAAUGGGUAACAGCAGUGCCAGUUUACGAAAUUCUCAAAAACGUUGGAAACAAAGAAGUCUUGGUACGGUGCAUGGAGGUGAUUUCAAGUAACACAAGAGAAGUGGUAACAAGUUCCACUUGGGAAAAUGCAUCCUUAGACCUUGUCAUGGACGUGUUGAAUCAGGAGCAACUGAGCAUAGACAAUGAGUGUGACUUGCUUGAAGCCCUUGUUCAGUGGGGGAAAGCUCAAGUGCAAAAAAGGAAUGAAGAAUUAUCAGAUUCCAAGAUUUUUUUUGCAGAUCUUUGAUAUGCUUUCAUGUGAAUCGCCAGGGCUAAUCUAAUGCCAAGAACAAAGGCACCGACGAAUUAGCAAGAAAAAAGGUGACAAAUCUCAUCAUCCUGAUGUUUUUCCCUCAUCAAGAUUCAGGCUGAAAUAGCGCAAAUCUCCUCAGGGCAUGAUUAGAGCCGAGUCCAAGUCUGCGCCACAAAAUCAGCUGUGUAGUCGCGGCUCUGUCGGAGCCACACGCGGUGUCGCGUGCCUUCUCGCGUUCGCACCCAAAAAAUCCCCAUCGCGGCGUUGCAUGCAGAGAGAUUAAAUUAUUUUACUCCGAAACUCUCGUUUAUUUAUUCAAAUUAGCACUCUCAUUGUCUCUUGCCCAUUGUAAUUUAGGCGCACGAGAGAGAGAUAAAAGCGUAUCUCUAUCGCCAGCAUCUCAGUCAGUCGGUUUUAUUAUUUAAUGAUUGCGUGGACUUUGCGGUGCCGAAAACGCGCGCGCGUGAAACAUGAAAGAGACGGAAUUGUAUUCAAUGCAAAGUGAUCUUGUGUUUCCAAUGCAAACGGUGUGCGUAAUUGCUUGUUUGCAUCUUGCCAGAUUCCAACAUACCCAAAUUAAGGAGAUUAUUUGCGUCUGUGUUUGUUUUAGUUUAGGCUCUGCAUAUAAACACAUAAAGAGAGUCGUUUAAAACGGCGUAAUGAUCGCAUUCUUUCUUUGUGAGAUCUCCUGGAUUGUAUAAUUUGUGGACCCGGCCGGCAGCAUCUCUGUUUUCACGUUGAAAUUAUAUAAUUGCAUCUCGUAACUGAAUAAUAUGGAGCAACGAACUUUUUAUCUUCAGGAAGAAAAAAAUAAACAAAAGUAAUUGCUACUUUGAAAAACACAACAAAAGAGCCCAUUUAAUGCUUUAUUAUUUUAAUUUAAUUGAAAAAGAAUUAAUUCUAAUAGUUCUUGAUUUAUCUGAUGCCAGGGUGUGAUAUUAAAAUUUAGAUAUUUGAAAAUUUCUAUCAUAAUAUCAUAAUCAAAAGGAUAAAAAACAUUGCGAUUGAACUUUUCAGAAAUAUUAUAGGGAAAAGUGAAAAGAAAUUAAGAGUGUGCACUUUUCUUACUCUCAACCGCGGCGCCUUUAUAUAUUUAUAUUUUUUGUUUGUCUUUUUUUUUGUCGGCUGCACUAACAUGUAGUGGGCGCGCAAUGGACUUAUUCUCACCGAAGGAGUCGUCAGAUGGACGGAUGGGUGAUCUGGAUGAUACCCUUUGCCUUUGCUUCGGAUCGCGGCGCUGGCAAUAAAAAAUUAACUCACACGCGAUUCCCUCGAGUAAUAAGCAAGCAGCCGACGGCGUUUAUUCCACAACACUAGACAUGAUCGUGAUUUAGUUGGCAUCGCAGGAAUUGACCUUGGGACACACAAAAUAGUAGCUGCGGCAUAUUAGAGAGGAGGCGCGCGAGCGAACGACGCUUUUUUAUAUUAAUCUAAUUUUAUAUUCCGCGAGAGGAGAUUUAUUUUUUCGAGCGAAAACCCGCGUAUUAGGGAGAUGAUGUUGUGCCUUUUAUUUAUUUUUGCCAGGGUGGUUAUCAACGAGCUGAAGAGACGGAGAGCUUCAAAGGCGCGGAUUAUUAUGUAUUCUCUAAGUGGAAGCGGCUUUAUAAUUUCUGUGCUGACCCUUCCUUCGUUCGAAUCAAAAUAUUAAUAGGCAUUAGGCAAAAUCCGUCAUCCAUCAAGUUGCGGGCCGGGCGGCGACUUGAUGGAGAGCGUGUUUUAUAGGCUUGGUCACAUGACGCGAAUUUGAAAUCGUUUUUCAUCAAAACUCAAUUUGGCAGCAGUUAAAUUAGGCUGGGAAUAAAUAUGAGAAGCCGAUUACAGUGAAUUAGCUGACGUGAAGAAUACACAUCAGGUCGUUAAAAAAAUAUUCAUCAUUUGAUAUGUGUUGAUAUAAAAAAG